ACGUAAUUUUUAACCAAUCAUAGAUAUGAUGAGUUCCCGCCAAAACAAAGAUCCUUAAUUGUUCAAGUUUGUCCACUGUCCAAAAAUACUUACAUCAAUUUGAUCGCAAAAUUCUUCAUCAUCUUCAAGUUUCUGCAGCACUCUAUCCACCGAGAGAAAUCCAAGGACGGUUUCCGGCCCUGCUGAAUGAUGACGCAAAGUGGAUGCUGGAAUGUUUACUUUCGCUAUCUUGGUGCUAAUUUUCAUCAAACCUCUCAGUAACCGAUUCUGAUUUUUUUUUAAAUUUAGAACAUCGAAAUCCAAACAUGGCUUCGAAUUCACAAGCAUCAUUUUUGAACACAACUCCCCCAAGGCCUUCAAGGAAUGGUUCUUCACAGCCUCAAAAGAUGCUUGAAUUUCGGGUGAAAAUAUCAGAAAAUUGUUCAAUAAUGUGUCAGAGUAAUGGCAGAGAGACAAUCAUUGAUAUGGUUAAGACAGCUCUUGCCAAGAAACAAAUCAAAAAGAAUGUAGAAUACAUGAUGUUCAAAAGCUCAAAAGGGUAUUUCCUGAACCUUGGCAAGCCUACAGGGGCAUUAGGCCAAGAUGAAGAUUACGAAUGCAUUUUCAAGGACAAGUUGCAGGAAAAAGCAGUCGAUAGCAUAAGGGAGUACUCUGUGCAGGAGUAUGAGACAGAAUGGAAUUUGAAGAGUUUUUAUUUAAAGUUGAGCCAAAAUCGUAAGUCUCAACCUUCUGUUGGGAAUAUAACGAGAAUAGCAGAUGUCAUUCAAGUGGAUUUCGUCCCUGAAGAAACACUCUUUGAAGCAAUUGGCAGGGACAAUCGGCUAAAAGUUUCAAGUGACGAUGAACUACUGCUUCGUAAGUGGUAUUUGAAAUUGGAUGAUGGCACUGAGGUACCCCUUAGAAAUAAAGCUGAACGCUGUGAGGGGAAAUAUUUUGAGCUGUACAAGAAUAAAAAUCCAGACCUGGAUCUUUCAGAGAUGAUAUUACCCUUACAAAAACCUACACUAAUCAGUUCAGAUGGUAUCAAGAAUGAAGAUACUGCAAGUGGAAUACACUUGAUUCCAUUGAGCGUCACACCUGUGCGACCUGGCAAAGUAGGAAGAAGAGGAGAGGUUAUUGAUCAAAGUGUGUCAUACUCCAAACGCACUUACAAGUUGUGCAGCGAUGCUGACUUGGAAAACUACAUCAAGUGCAAACUCAGGUUUAAAGUGCAAAAAGAAGAAGAUAAUAAAGCAGAGAAGGAAAGAAAUACUCUUAUCAAGAAAUUCUUCAAAGGUUAUGACAAUGUUGCAUCAAGAUUCAAGUUCCACAUGAAUACUGAUGAUCUUUAUACUGUAUCAGAUGCAGUUGGUGCAGUAGUGGCUGAGGUUGUUGAUAACACAGAGGUUUUUCUUGGAACCUGUUGUAGAAUUGGCUCAGAGUAUGUGUUGACCAGUAGGUUAGCAGUUGACGCAUAUUACAGUCAAACAGGGCUAAAGAAUGUCUAUAUUUACUUUAGUUCCAAAAGUGGUGGAAAUAGAUUUAAAGUUAUAAUGAAGCCACUAUGCACUUCUAAUGAGCUAGGCUAUGCUAUUCUAAGAUUAAGUCUCAGUUCACAGAAGUUCCCAAGAAGUCUUACUUCUUGUGGAUAUUGCAUCCCACCUCAGGAUAUGCAUGUGGUCGCUGGUAACUUUUAUACCCUAAUAGGCCACCACAGCCAGUCAAACAAGGCUUUAGAUGUAACAUGCCCCAUCGAUAACCCAGGCAACCUUGAUAGUAGGGUUAUUCUGUCUUUAAGCCGUAGAAAUAUUGAGCAUGUUGUCCUCAAUAACAAUGUGCCGCAAGCUGGUGACAGUAACAUUGCUUGUUCACAAGGGAUGUCAGGCUCACCAUGUUUAUUGAUGAAUGAAAAGCUGUUGAUAGGGCUGUAUUCAAGAGGGAUUCAUCUUCAGGAUCAGGGUGAUAGUGUUGUUGAACAGGUUGUUCUGAUGUCUGCUAUAGUAGAGGAUGUCAAACAGAAAAUAAUGAGAGGUGUUCUACCUAUUACACUGACACUAAAAGAUGUUUUUGAUAUUGACCAGGAAUAAAAUUUAAUGUUAUAGUUUCCUUUUAAACCUAUUGACAUCCACUUCUCUUAGAGUGAAGGCAUUAAACCCAUGAAAUAAAAAUUAUUAGUCAACGUGUAAUAGUCAAAUAGAGACAAAAGAAAACAAUGCAAUUAGGGUCUAC